AUGAAGUAAUAAUAAUAAUAGCAACAACAUCUAUAUAGAGAAAGUAAAUCUUAAAAAAAUUAAAAUUACAUGAGUGAUUAUUAGGAUUUUGAAAAUCAAGAUAGUAGCUUUGAAUUUGAUGAAAAGUCUUACAAAUAAUAACCUAGUUAACUUAAAUAUCCUAAUUAGUCUGAAUGCGUGAAUCUAGAAAAUUAAAAAUUAAGAUCUGUUAGCGUUCUUGAAAACAAAAACAAGUUUAAGAGGUAGAAAAAUAAAAAGCUAACUUUUAAAAUUGAUUUGAAUAAGAUGAAGAAUCCUUACAAAUAGACUCUAAAGGGGAAAAAUAAAAAUAAAAGUAUAUUUGAUGAUCCGGAGUUUUCUGGUAUAGCAAACACUGACAUCAAUCUUUAUGCUUUACAUAAACAAGGAGUUAUAGACGAAGAAAAUAAUUAGUGGGGAAAACUUUAGAAAUAAAUAGAUGAAAUAAAUCCAAAGCCUGAUAUUAACAUAGUUUUAGAUUCACUUGUUACCUAAAAAUUCUCUAGACCUAUUUAAGAAUUUAAACUAUAAAAGCAUUUAGCAUUGCCAGAAUAUAAUCAAAGUGAGGUUAGCUCUAGAUAUAAAUAAAACUCUAUUUGUGAAAUCCUUGAUGAAGAUCCAGAAAUUGAUAAGUAUAUCGAAGAAACAAAACAGUAAAUACUCUAAAAAAAGAAAUAAAUAGAUGAUAAUCUUAAAUGCUAAAAAUCUAGUAAUCCUAUCCUAAAUUAACCACACAAAGAGAAGUCAAAUGAUGAUUGUAGCAUUUCUAGCGAUGAAUAGCAAGAAAAUCAGUUCGAAAAUGGAGUAAAAAGUAGAACAUCAAAUAAGAAAAAUGAAUAUAUUUUAUCAGAAGAAGAACAUAAAGAGUUAUUCUUACUGUAUUGUGCUAAAGGACAUUCUCCUGAAAGUGCUUGCCAGUAAGCUCGUGUGCCAAUCAAAUGCGCUAAAAGAUGGAUAUGCAAUUUAACUCCUUCUAGACUUACUGGAGGUGGUAGGAAGAUUAUUGAUGGUAUGCUUGAGUAGAAGCUAAGACUAUGGAUAUUGUUGAAGUUGUAUAAGGAAUUAAAGAUCCCUAGCAGAGAUCAGCAAAUAAAAUAUUCACUAUCUUAAAUUAAAUAAAAUAGCUUUGGUUGUAGCAAAGGAUGGCUAGAAAAAUAUUUAGAUAGAAACUUACUUAAAUUUAUUGUUGCACAUUUGAGAAAUUUGGAAGUAUUUAGAUUGGAAGAAGUGGCUAAGUUUUUUAUUGUGAUUCCUUCUGUAAACUAAGAUCUCGGACAAGUUUAAAAAGAAAUAAAAUUAGUUCAGAGUUAUCAAAAGCGUUUAGAAUUAGAAUUAGAAACAACUUAAUUGUAAAAUAAUGAUAGAGAAUAAAGCAAUUAUGUGCCUGGCACUAAAGUAAAAAGGGAAGAUUUAAUUAUUCAACCUUUUAUUCAUAAUGAUUAGAAUUAUUUUUUUAAUAAAAUGCUGCAAUCAGUGAAAGAAAAAAAUAACCUAAUUAUAGAACCAAAGUAUGCUUCAAAUAAAGAUAUGUUGAAUACGACAUUUAAUAGUAGUAAUCCUUAAUAAAAACCUUUGCUGAGCUAAGUUCCAUUUAUUAUUAAUAAAAUUCCAUAAGAUGGAUUUACUUAAUAUUAAAAUAAAAGCACAACAAAUAAUAAGAAACUUAAUAUUUAAGUUCCUGAUUGGUCUCCUUAUUUGUAAAUGAUAGAAAGAGCUAACGCUAUGAAAUAGUUGUAAUAUUACUUAACCGAUAACAAAAAUAUUAAAAAGCUAGAAAUAGAAGAUAACUAGUUGCUAUCAAUCAAAGCUCAAAUGAUAGAGAGGUUAAAGUAAAAUACAUAAAUUUCCUAAGAAACAUUAGCUAAAUUUGGAAAUCUUUACAAAUUCUAAGAAGUUCAAAAACUUCAGGAAACCCAAAAGUAAAAAUUAGAAAAGAGAUAAAGCAGUCAAAUGCAAAUUGAAUAAACAUAAGCAGACUAAGAAACUCACAAAAAAAGUGACUUGAAAUAAACCAAGACUAAGCUAAAAAAAUUAAAUAUAGAAAAUGAGGAGGAAGAGGACGAAGAAGAAGAUUUUUAAACAAAAUGUAAAAAUGAGUUUUAGACUAAAUUUGAUGAGAGAGAAUUUUAUGUCGAUACCAAAAAACCAUUGCCAUUGCAUAUAAGAAAAUUGUUAAAAUUAAGUGCUAUAAAUUCUAGAUCUGAUAGACUUUCAUAAUAACCUAAAAACCUUGAGUAUUACCUAAAAGGCUGUGUCUUUGAGAUAGAAGCAUAAAAUUUCUUUGAUGUUGCUGUAAAAACUCUAAAUUACAAAAUAGAGUCACUAAUACAAGUUUUUAAAUUCAGGUUUUGA